AUGUCACACGGGAUGGACGGGAGAUUGGGAAAGCAGUUCCCUCAGCAUUUCCCCUUGUCCUGUCACUCCCCUUAUCCCCUUCCCCCAGUCCCUCCCCAUUUCCCCUUUUCUCUGACCUUCCCCAUGUUCCCUUCCAAUGCCAGCCCAAUUCCCCUUGUCCCUGUCACUCCCCAUUUCCCCUUUCCCCUGUCACUCCAUGUUUCCCCUUCCCCCAGUCCCUCAGCAUUUCCCCUUGUCCUGUCACUCCCCUUAUCCCCUUCCCCCAGUCCCUCCCCAUUUCCCCUUUUCUCUGACCUUCCCCAUGUUCCCUUCCAAUGCCAGCCCAAUUCCCCUUGUCCCUGUCACUCCCCAUUUCUUCUUUUCCCUGUCACUCCUUGUUUCCCUUCCCCCAGUCCCUCAGCAUUUCCCCUUGUCCUGUCACUCCCCUUAUCCCCUUCCCCUUUGUGCUUUCCCAUCUCCUCUUCUUUCUCACACCACAAUUUCCCCUUCCGUUUUGUCUCUCCCACUUCCCCUGCCAUUUGUCCCUCCCAUUUCCCAUCCCCCCUGUCCCUCCCAUUGCCACUUUCCUCUGUCCCUCUCAAUUCCCCUUCCCUCUGCCCCUCCCCAUAUCCCUUCUCUCUGUCGCUCCCCAUUCCCUGUUCCCAACACUGCAUGUUACCCCUUCCCUCUGUCCCUCCCCAUUUCCCCUUCCCUCUGUCCCUCCCCAUUUCCCCUUCCCUCUGUCCCUCCCCAUUUCCCCUUCCCUCUGUCCCUCCCCAUUUCCCCUUCCCACUAUCUCUCCCAUUUCCCCUCCCCUCUCCUCCCACUUUCCCCUUCCCCUUUCUCUGUCCCUCCCCAUUUCCCCUACCCUCUGUCCCUCCCCAUUUCCCUUCCCUCUGUCCUGCCCCAAUCCCACUUCACUCUGUCCCUCCACAUUGCCCCUUCUCUCUGUCACUUCCUUAUUCCCUUUCCCAUACACUCCAUGUUACCCCUUCCCUCUCACUUCCAAUUGCCACUUCCUCUGCCCUUACCCAAAUCCCCUUUUCCCUCUCCCUCCCAUUGCCACUUUCCUCUGUCACUCCCAUUACUCCUUCCCUCUUGCCGCGCGUGCCGCCGCUGCUUCUCCGCCUCUACCGCUCUUUCCCCCUCCCUUCUUCCCCCUCUUCUCCCUGUUUUCUCCCCUUCCCCCUGUUUCCUCCCCCCCGUUAUCCCCUCUCCCCUCUCCACCCCACCCUCUUCUCCCCCUCCCACUCUCUCUCCCCCUCCCCCUCCCCCUCCCCCUCCCCCUCCCCCUCCUCAUCAACACCCGCUCUGCCCUCGUCUGCCCGCUCUCCCCACCCCUCUCGUCUCCCUCACCUCCGUGCAUGCGCGGACGGGCAUGCCCCGCAGGCCUUCCGCUACGCGCUCACGCUGCUGAGGCGCAGCGACAACAUUUACGUGCUGCACGUGCUCGACCCGCGCACCUUGGCAGCAUGGAGGGCGGAGGCGCAGCAGGGGGGGGCGGGAAGCAGCAGCGGCAACAGUGAGGUGCAGGCAGGCAUCGACGCGCGGGUAGACGCACUGCUGCACCGCUAUCGCAAGCUGGCGCACGGGAAGGGAGUGACCUGCCAUGGCGUGUCGCGCAAGGCCAGUGACCGGCGGCAGGAGAUAUGCGAGGCGGUGGUGCGGCAGGACAUAGAGCUGCUGGUGGUGGGCACGAGACAACUCAGUGCUGUUGCCCGGGCCGUUAAGGGCAGUGUGAGCGACUACCUGCUGCACAACUGCUCUUGCCCCGUGCUGGUGGUGCCCUGGGAGCACAUGCUCAACACCCCUGCCGACGUCGUUAGCACUUCAAUUGACGACGUCGGUCGGCAGCCGGCAGAGAUGACGGCCGUCGGUGAUGACGGGACGGCGAAGCCUGCCGACCGUCAGUUUAGACGGAAAUACGCGCUGACCGACGUGCUGCGGACGUCUGCCGGCCUCGAAUACUCCGUUCACAGCUGCCCGCGGCAGUACAAGCAGGACAUGGAGUCCCUGUUUCCCGGGCAGGACGUGUCGAAACUUUUGAUUCUGCCCACGCAGCAGAGGGCGCGCGUGGAUCUGGUGAACACGGGCGAGGAGGUUGAGAGGGAGAAGGAUCGCUUAUUGGAGACGUUUUCAGCGUUUGCCUCGGCUCUCGUGGAGCGCCUCUCCCAGCAGGGCCACUUCGCUGACUACAUUGACCCCUGCUCCGGCCUCCCUAUGGUUAAUCGCAACAGCCAGACAUACUACGGGGAGGUGGAAGCAGCACAGGCGCUGCUGGGGUACCCCGUGGCCAACGCGGGCUGCUGCAAGGUGCUGCUGCACCCUGCCUGGGGCUCUGCUGUGUAUCCCGCCACCCUUUUCACGAAUGCCCCUCUAGACGUGCUGCUAGACGCACUGAAACAUGUCAACUGA